CAACAAGCCUCAAAUCCUGAUACCAAGACUACCAAUGGCGACAGAUAAGCCAGCACUCCUAGCAACUGCAGCCUCCAUCGCAGCCUCAGCUGUCCUCAUUCGUACCCUCACAUCUGAUCUCCUCCCCUCCUCAAUUCAAGAAUACCUCUCAGAGAAGUUUGCUUGCAUGAUCGAGAGCCUGUCCUCAGAUCUUACCAUCACUGUUGACGAAUUCGACGGUGCGGCAACCAACCAUAUGUACAAGGCCGCUGAGUCCUACCUAGCCACCAAGCUCAACCCAUCUACACGCCACAUUCGUGUUUCUAAGCAAGAAGAGGACACGGAUAUCUUCGAAGUAACGAUAGACCGUGGCCAAGAAAUUAUUGAUCUCUUCGAAGGAAUCAAAUUCAGGUGGCGGUCCUCGUCUAGGGAUACGAAACCAAGGGUAAACUCGUACAGAGGCCAUUACAUGGAACCAACUACCAUGGAGAGCAAAUUCUUCGAGCUGAAAUUCCACAAGAAGCACAAGGACACUGCACUUAAAUCCUACUUGCCUUUUGUACUAUCAAAAGCUAAGGCCGUCAAAGAGGAAGUCAAGACCCUCAAGCUCUGUACAAAUGAUGAUUACGAAUGGGACUCUGUGAACCUUCACCAUCCUUCUACAUUUGAGACGAUGGCAUUGGAUGCUGAGCUCAAGAGGGAGGUAAUGGAGGACUUGGCAAGAUUUGUAAAGAGGAAGGAGUACUACAAGAGGGUGGGGAAAGCUUGGAAGAGAGGCUACCUAUUGUACGGGCCACCGGGAACAGGCAAGUCAAGUUUGGUAGCAGCAAUGGCAAACCUUUUAAGGUUUGAUAUAUAUAAUUUGGAGCUGACAGCGGUGAGGAACAAUUCUCAACUACGGUCGUUGCUCGCCCGAGUAGCCAACCGAUCAAUCUUGGUUGUGGAGGACAUUGACUGCGCAGUGAAUUUUGAGUCGAGGGAUAAAAGGAAACAAUUACAGAACCAAGAGGAUUCAUUCUCAGACUCUGAGGAUAGCAAGGUGACACUCUCGGGACUGCUCAACUUUGUCGAUGGCCUGUGGUCGAGCUGUGGGGAUGAACGAAUCAUCAUUUUCACAACAAACUACAAGGACAAGCUUGAUCCAGCAUUGCUGAGACCUGGGAGGAUGGAUAUGCACGUGCACAUGAACUACUGCACUCCCACUGGAUUUCGAGUUUUGGUCUCCAAUUACCAUUCCCUUGAUGAUCAUCAGCUAUUUGGAGAUAUUGAAGGGUUAAUCAAUGAGGUCGAUAUUACUCCUGCCGAGGUGGCAGAAGAGAUGAUGAAGACCGAUGAUGCUGAAGUCGCACUGCAGGCGCUCCAAAAAGUUCUUAAGGAGAGGAAGAACAAGGAACUGAAAGAAAUCAAAGUAGACAAGACAGAGAAAGAGGAAAACAAAGAUCACUGAAACUGUCUUGUAAAUUGAGAAGAUAAUAGAAUUCAAACUCACAAGAUUUGAGCUGAAGAUGUUACUCAGAAUAAGGGAGGAAUUUGAGAUACACAACAUAGAAGAACUAUGAAAUCACUAUUUGUAUGUGUACGCAUACGUAGGUGGAUAUAUGCUGGAUUAAAGGGUACAGUUGCCCAGUAGUGAACUAAGUUUUCAAUGACAAUCAUUUACUAUUUAACGAAUGAUUACGAUUUGACUUCUCAAAAAAAGAGGAGAAUGAAUGAAGUUUACAUGGAAUA